CGACUUCCAGUUUGGGCUCGCAUAACGCUUAAAAAACAGCCUCGACCGACCUUCUGCGUCCUUAUCUCUCCUCCGUAUUCAACUCUGCCGUCUCCUGCUAGUUGCAUCGUAUUUGCAACUUCUCCAAUUCUACCUGCAGCUCAAUUCUAUCAGCCAUCAUGCCGCCAAAGCCAGCGCCGCCCAAGAGUCUGCUUGGCAGGCACCGCUUGCUGGCGCCUACUGCGUCGAUUCGUGUCAGCCCGAUCUCGCUGGGUGGCAUGAGCCUUGGAACUGCAUGGGGUCCAAUGAUGGGCGAGUGCACCAAGGAGGCUGCCUUCGAACUUCUCGACGCUUACUACGACCUUGGUGGCAACUUCAUCGACACUGCGAACGUCUACCAGAAUGGCCAGAGCGAGCAAUUCAUUGGUGAAUGGAUGGAGAAGACCGGCCGCCGUUCCGAGAUGGUUGUCGCCACCAAGUACACUCUGAGCCCCAAGGCCGGCCAGCCCGUCCAGCAGAGCAACUUCGGCGGCACUGGAUCUAAGAGCAUGCACCUAUCCAUCGAAGAGAGCCUGAAGAACCUUCGCACCGACUACAUCGAUAUCUACUACGUGCAUGCUUGGGACUUCGCAACUGGAAUUCCAGAGCUGAUGCAGUCGCUCAACAUCUUGGUGCAGCAGCGAAAGGUGCUGUAUCUUGGUAUUAGCGACACUCCGGCAUGGGUGGUGGUCAAGGCCAAUGCUUAUGCCCGCGAGCACGGACUUCGUCAGUUCUCUAUCUACCAGGGGCGCUACUCUGCACUCAUGCGCGACCUUGAGCGUGAUGUCAUUCCUAUGUGCCGUGAUGAGGGCAUGGCGAUUCACCCCUUUGGCGUGCUCGGCAGCGGAUACAUUCGUUCACCCGAUGCUCCGCCAAAGCAGGGAGGACGUCAGACCCCGCACAUGCUGACUGGUCGCGAGGAGAAAGUGUCCGUUGUCGUCGACAAGGUAGCCAAGCGACACGGCGCUCCCAUCACAUCGGUUGCGCUCGCCUAUGUCAUGCAGAAGGCACCAUACAUCUUCCCCAUGGUCGGCGGUAACAGCGUCGAGAAGCUAAAGGCCAACGUCGAAGCCCUCAGCCUCGAGCUGACUCCUGAGGACGUGGCUGAAAUCGACAAGGGCUACGAUUUCGACCUUGGCUUCCCGCACAACUUCAUCAACAUGGCCGACUAUGCUCCCCAGGGCCCUCAGGAUGCCAGCUUCUUGGCUGGCAUGGGCUAUUUCGACUACGUGGCGCCUCAGAAGGCCAUCAAGCCUCACAAGGGAGAGCUUACGACGGCUUGGAAGUCUUAGAUGACCAUGCAGAGAAGGGGGUGAUUCAAUUGAUUGCACUGGGCGUCACUGGGUCUCUAGGCUGAGGAACCCCUGAUAUCUUCCGACUUAGGUAGUCGCGGAAAAUGGAAAGGAAAUAUGAUACUCUACUCCUUGCACCUACACGCAUUCAGUGUUUCUACUUGCCGACCAAACUCUUUCGGCGAUGCCUUUCAUGAAGAUCUUCCCAGAAUGUCGAU